CAUAUACUGGCAGAGCUCUGCUGAUGGCAAUUGGACCAAACUUAACACUUCCAUCACAAUAGGACAAGGGGCUGUGUUUAAUCUACUGAUAGCCAGAAAUGGAACAAAGGUUGUUACCCGUCUCUUGACCAGUGUUGAGGUGAACAGUGUCUCUAUCCUGUGGAUGGUACCUCAGUAUUUUGUAGUGACGGUUGGAGAGGUCCUCUUUUCCAUCACAGGCCUCGCUUUUGCUUACUCUCAGGCUCCUAUCACAAUGAAGUCAGUGGUUCAGGCAGCUUGGUUGAUGACUACAGCUGUGGGAAAUUUGGUUGUUGUUAUUGUUGCUCAGGUUCAAUACUUUACAUCACAAGUUGCUGAGUUUAUGUUCUUUGCUGCUCUGAUGGCCUUGGCUACCAUAAUAUUUAUGAUCAUGUCGUGUUUUUACACCUACUGUAAUACCAGUGUUCAAGGAAAUGGUCUGGGGGAUAAAGAAGAAUUAAUCAUCGAGAAAGAUAGUGAAGACAUUCCAUUGAAAGAUUCUAAUCAUCCUAAAAAUAAGUGAGCGUUCAGACAUCUUCUCACCUUUUAGGACUGAAUGGUCCUGAUAAUGAUAAUUGAUAAACAAGAGGCCCACGGGUCUUAUAGGUCACCUGAGUAUCGUUACAACUUUCCAACAAAUGAAUCUGGUUUGUGUUUUAAACCAGAGGACAUGAAAUUCACAAUUUUGAAAGAGGCACCAUUUCUCAUUAUAACUAUAUACUUGGAAUGCUUACUUUAAUUAAUACCCAUAGACAAAGCAGAGGAACAAAAAAAAAAUGUACAUUUCCACCAUAUAAUCAGUAGUGCCCCAUCCCAAAGGUACCCCUAACCCUGGGGUUCAAAGCAUUAAUUUAUUUUCAGUAUAUAAUCAUUAACACUCCCCAAGCCUCCAAGGGCCUUGAAAUUCAUAAUUCUGAAAGAAAUCUACAAUGCAGGAAUAUAAAACGUUAUGCGUAGUGAAUGCGUGUCGGUACUAUUUCUCCUCUCUAUUUAUUUUCCAAUUCCAUAUAUAAGACCUUUGGUCAUCCUCACGGGCUGUUUACAUCAAUUAGUAUGUCAAAAUUUCCAUUCUUGUGCGCAUGCCUCUCAAAGGGAUUGGUUUAAUUAAAAGGCAAACGAUAAGCCGAUGUAUUUGAUACAAUUUCACUUAUUAAUGAAGUUAUGCAUAUACUUCAUGUAUUUUAUAGACUUAUUUAAAAUGUACAAAAAU